CUUACUUUCGUGGAUGUCAUUAUCUUGUGCAGUGCAGCGCGGAAAGUUGAAUGAACAAAUAAAGAACGCAGCUAGCCUAAAUGUGAGUAUGUUUGUAGUUACUUACACUAAUUCCAUUGAUUAUUUUAUCACAGUCGUUUUCAAUGUAUGCCAAAUAAAAUGCUAAAAGAUAUAUACGCUGAACGUAAACGAUAUGAGUUCAUUAGCCACCACACUUUGGCAAGCUUGCUAACGUGAGUUAGCCUAGCCCUUGAUCAUGACUCUCAGUUCAAUUACACAAGAGUCAUUGGAUGAAGGUUUCUUCUGUACGGAGGAGUUUUGUUAAGAGCCCCGACGCUCCGUCUGAACAUUAACAUGCAUCGCUUACGGUACGGUUUAGGAAGUAAAUAAUACACACCUUUUUAUAGGGUUCGUGUUCCCACAUGGUCAUAUCGCUAUGUUACAGCGGCUCCGAAUACCUGUGUAGAAGGCCGCCAGAAACGUGUUGUCACUGAAAAAUACUGUCAGCUGCAACUGUGAUAAAGCUGGGUAACCUCUUAAGGAUCGGACCCUUUUUUUAAAUUUUCGCCUAAAAUGACAUACCCAAAUCGAACUGCCUGUUGCUCAGGACCUGAAGCAAGGAUAUGCAUAUUCUUGAUACCAUUUGAAAGGAAACACUUUGAAGUUUUGUAGAAAUGUGACAUCAAGGUAGGAGAAUAUAACACAUUAGAUCUGGUAAAAGAUGAUACAAACCAAAAAACAUUCGUUUUCUAUUUCUUUAUUUUUUCAUCAUCUUUGAAAUGCAAGAGAAAGGCCACAAUAUAAUAUUGCAGUUUAGGCGCAAUUUAGAUGUUGGCCACUAGAUGGCAGCAGUAUGUGUGCAAAGUUUCAGAUUGAUCCAGUGAAGCAUUGCAAUACUGUACUAUUUUGUAUCAAGUCUGCCCAAAUGUGCCGAAUUGGUCAAAUUGAUACAUUUUCAAGUACAUAACUAUAGAGAACAUACAAAAAUGAUAUGGUAAUACAAAAUGUAAGUUUACACACUCCCAUGAAUGUCAUACAUGAUGGAUCAUUAACUUAUACACUAACUUUCACACAUCUAGAUGGUGGGGUGGGUGUGGAGCCGGAGACAGCAGGGGUUCAAACUGUAGAACCCAGUUCCUACAUUUGAAUAUAAAAUAGAUUUUAUCAAACAAAACUAUGCUACGUUUUAUCUCUUGGACCCGUAGGAUGACAAAUCAGAGCAAGAUUACUGAAUGUAAGUACAUUAUUUACCUUCAGAGGUAAAUGUAUCAAACCAGUUGCCGUGAUACGUUUUUUGUUGUUGUGCACUCUACUCAAACAAUAGCAUGCUAUUUUUUCACUGUAAUAGCUACUGUAAAUUGGACAGUGCAAUGCAACCCUUUUUUGGUUAACAAGAAUUUAAGCUUUCUGCCCAUAUAAGACAUGUCUAUGUCCUGGAAAGUUUGCUGUUACUGACAAGUCAUGCUAAUCACAUUAGCGCACGUUAGCUCAACCGGCCCAUAUACGGGACACCGAUCCCAUAGAGGUUAAAACAGUGUACAAUGCGUGUAUUUUGCAUUUGUGCAAUUAUUUUGAUGUGAUAUGAAAAGGGCUUUGUUUCUAGAACCGUAUCGUAAGUGAGAAUCGAUUCAUGUUCAGAUGGUGUAUUUGGCUGCCAGAGCCAGUCUACCUCUGAAAAUAACAAGGUCCUUGGACCUAAAGGCUAAUGUUAAUGUUAAGCUCUUUAAGAGUAGGGAUGUCAAACUUUCAGGCUGCUGCACAGACACUGUGGAGGCUUUAGUCUAGAGCAGGGUUUCCCAAACUCGGUCACCCGGGUGGGGCCCCAGGACAGAGUUAGGGAAACUCUUGUCUAGAGCGGCGGGUUAAAUUGUUUGAGAGCAUUUUAAAACUCUCUAAAUGGUUAAAUGAGUGAGAAAUAUGUAAUUGUUGCAAUAGUUUGUGAGUGGGCAAACAUAUACUAUCACCUUACAUUGAUAUGUUGAAUUAUUUUGCCAUAUUAAAUUAUUAUGUAUUGCGCUAAUUUCCCUAAUGUGGACAGUUUGUGUUACUAACUUACACAAGCUUGCAUUUUUCACCCCAUAAAAUUGAGUGGAAUUACACAUCCUUUUUACCUCAGAUUGGUGAUAUUAGUAUAAAAGUGUAUAGCCAUCACGAUGGCAUGUGAUUGAUUGCUUAAAACAGAUAAAUAUCUUUGGUUUUGUACCGUUGAUUUUGUCACACGCGCUGGGAUGCGCAGGACUUUGAACGCAGUUAAUGAAAUGGCACGGAAAAUUUGGGGCGGUCUCUAUAAAAGUCGCUUGCCAUACACCAAUACAUGAAUUCAACUGUCAAACUAUCGCUUAAAUAGCAGCCAACCAUUGUCACUGUUGAUAUCCUAUGCCGCGUCGUUAUUUGUUUAAUUUAACUAACAGAAAAGGUGGUCUGUUCCUUUUCUGUGAUGGCAGCCUCCCGAAAUGAAUAUCCGACAUUCCAAAAUAUAGAUAAGCCUUCUACAAGUUCUCAUCUAACCAACCAUGUAUAGGUUAUACCAAGUUUCGGUGUGGCCUUUCAAUUGUGUUAGUUUCAACAAGCGUUUUCCCUCUGUUCUAUUGAUUUCAGCAUGAUAUCGAAGUGAUUAACCAAAAAAGGGUUGCAUUACACUUACCGCGUUGGCGACCCACUUGAAUCAAAAUGCAACGCUUCAAAAUGUAGGCCUAGCUAGCUGUCUUCUACAAAUUGUUCUCUAACCAGUGAUGUACACAUUAUUCCCAGAUUCUGUGGGUUUUGUGUUAGUAGCAGUUAGUUUUAACAGGACGUGCAACCACAUCUCCCCCCUCUCGCGCAAUCGAUAUCAACGUGUGUGUGAGUGAUUGACAAAUAAGUGUUGCAUUUCUCUUUCUGUUUUGCUUUGGAUAAAAGCGUCUGCUAAAUGGCAUAUUAUUAUAUUAUUAGAUGAUUGACGUUUCAACGUCAAGCUGAUGUCUUAAUCUGUUCGCAUCCUGUACAAUGGAUUAAAGUGAGCAAAAAUAAAUCAAUCUCUGCCUUUUUUUGUGUAGUGCUCCAACUUAUUUCAUAAUGUGUUGACUGUUGGUGGUGAGCUUAGGGGAAACUUGCCUGCAAUCAAUCUGAUCAAACCUGUAUCAAUACUCAGUUCAGAACCUAGCAUAGGCCUGGCUAUAACUAUGUCAAAUUUGUUGUGAUGAUGGGGCAUUGUCUGGAUCUCUGUCUAACUCAUUUUCACCACUGAUAUGCAUAUUGUGUUGACAGGACUGCAUUAGCAAUGGCUGAGGGUACAUGUAUUGUGAGCUCUGAGAGUGAUUCCAGUGGCCAACACACAGGCAGUGAGGAAGGAGAGGGAGCUCAGCAGGCGAUAGAUGCCUUGUCUGCUGCCCAGCGCGAGGUCCUGGAGCGCUGUCUACACACACUCACCCACGCCAAAAACGACAGCCACACACUCGCUGCACUCCUCCUGGUAAGUGUCACCAGUCUACCUUCUCAUCGACCCUUAGUCAUUCUAUUUAAUCUGGUAUGGUGGGUAAAAAAUAAUAAUCUCACCCUUAUAUUCUCUCUCCUUUCUGUUCUGUAGAUUACACGAUUGUGUCCAGCAGGCCAGCUCGACAGUGCGACGCUGCGGCGCAUCUUUGAGGCGGUGGGGCUGAGUCUUCCAGCUCGCCUUCUGGUGACUGCGGUCCGGGGGAGUGACGCCUCCGGCUUGCCCCCAGAGGAGCUUCUGUCUCUGGGCACGGCUCUGUUGGCUGCCCUCAGCACAGACCCAGACAUGGCUGCCCACCCACAGCUCCUCACCACCAUCCCUCUACUGCUAGGGCUGCUGGCCGAUGGGCCCAAAUGGAGCCUGCAGAAACAAGCCCAGCACCAGGCUAGACAAGGGAUGGAACCAGACCAGCCAAGCCAGGCUGAAGAUGGUGAACAGUCAUCACAGAGCAUAAACACUACCAAAGAGCCUGUCCAGGACACUGCAGGAGUCAAAGCACCAGCUCAGGAUGCGAAGAGCACUACAGGCUCUGAGGAAGGUACUGCAGAGAAUGGAGCUCCAACUUCCCAUUCAACAGUCAAACUGGAUGAGGCCUUGGCUACAGACUGUUACCAGGUUCUGAUUACAGUGUGUGCUUUACCCCGGGGCCCAGAUCAGCUCCUGGCCAGGGGUGCUGUCCCAGCUCUUUGUCGGGCCUUGGAGCAGAAACAGACACUGAGCCAUGAAAAAGGGCUACCCCUCCUGGGUGCCCUCCUCUCAGGCAAAACUAAAGAGAGAGCCUGGAGUAAGCACCCAGCCGAACUCCUCUCCCUCCUGGCCAGAGUCUCCCAAGACUUCUGCAGAGCCACUGGCCUCACCCAGCUCGAUAUGUGUGCCCUGGUGCCGCAGUUCCUCCCCUUGCCAGGUGGGACACCAAAGGACACUGACCUAACGCCAACUAUGGUCAGUCUGUGGGUGGCCCUGAGGCCCAUGCUGCAGGCCAAGCUGACCCCAGAUCAGUUAGGCCCUGUGUUAGUCCUCUCCGCCUGCCUGUUGGACCUGUGCGGCUGGGAGCCUGUGGGGCCACCUAAAUUCUGUUGCCUGCUGGUGAACCGGGCCUGUGUGGAGGUGAGGAUGGGCCUGGAGGAGCCCCCCGAUACAGAGCUGAGUCCCCAGCUGCAACAGACGCUCACCGCCUGCUACCGCGUCAUGGAGGCAGCCAUGGAGCAGGCCUGCAGCAGCCAGGGAGUCACCCAGCAAAGCGAUGCCCAGCCACAGACUGCCAUCACUGGGCUCAGUCUGCAGCAGAGCAGGCAGGUUCUCCGGGUUCUGGAGGAGGCCUUCUCGGCAGUCAUCUAUCACCUUCAGCAGGUAAGAGAACGAGGCAAACAAGAUGCAUUCAUACUCAUUAUACACACCAGCCAGAGUGUCUGUAAGAAAGUGUAGGUGGAGUUAAAUUCAAAUCAUGUUUCCCGCAAGAAAACACUACAUGACCAAAAGUAUGUGGACAGCUGCUCGUCGAACACCUCAUUCCAAAAUCAUAGGUAUUAAUAUGGAGUUGGUCCCCCCAUUUGCUGUUAUAACAGGCUCCACUCUUCUGGGAAGGCUUUCCACAAGAUGUUGGAACAUUUCUGUGGGGACUUGCUUCCAUUCAGCCACGAGCAUUAAUGAGGUUGGGCAAUUAGGCCUGGCUCGCAGUCGGCGUUCCAGUUCAUCCCAAAGGUGUACGAUGAGGUUGAGGUCAGGGCUCUGUGCAGGCCAGUCAAGUUAAUUCACGCCGAUCUCGACAAACCAUUUCUGUAUGGACCUCGCUUUGUGCACGGGGGCAUUGUCAUGCUGAAACAGGAAAAGGCCUUCCCCAAACUGUUGCCACAAAGUUGGAAGCACAGAAUCGUCUACAAUGUCAUUGUAUGCUGUAACGUUAAGAUUUCCCUUCAUUGGAACUAAGGGGCCUACCCCGAACCAUGAAAAACAGCCCCAGACCAUUAUUCCUCGUCCACCAAACUUUACAGUUGCCACUAUGCAUUGGGGCAGGUAGCGUUCUCCAGGCAUCCGCCAAACCCAGAUUAGUCCGUCGGACUGCCAGAUGAUGAAGCGUGAUUCCCGACGAACAGUUAUUGUGCUGACGUUGCUUCCAAAGGCAGUUUGGAACUCUGUAGUGAGUGUUGCAACCGAGGACAGACGAUUUUUGCGCGCUACGCUCUUCAGCACUCGGCAGUCCCAUUCUAUGAGCUUGUGUGGCCUACCAUUUCGUGGCUGAGCCAUUGUUGCGCCUAGACGUUUACACUUCACAAUAACAGCACUUACAGUUGACCGGGGCAGCUCUAUCAGGGCAGAAAUUUGACGAACUGGCUUGUUGGAAAGGUGGCAUCCUACAUCCAACACAACCAGAGAUCAUGUAAAAUAGGGUGUAUGCAAAUAUAAAAAAAUAGGAGUUUUGGGAUAAUUGACGUUUGUUGAUUUCUUUGCAAAUUUAUUUAAAAAAAUAAACUGAAAUAUCACUAUUACAUAAGUAUUCAGACCCUUUACUCAGUGCUUUGUUGAAGCACCUUUUGGCAGCGAUUACUGCCUCAAGUAUUUUUGUGUAUGACGCUACAAGCUUGGCACACCUGUAUUUGGGGAGUUUCUCCCUGGUUUCCUCCAGACUUGACGCUUGGCAUUCAGGCCAAAUAGUUAAAUAUUGGUAUCAUCAGACCAGAGAAUCUUGUUUCUCAUGGUCUGAGAGACCUUUAGGUGCCUUUUGGCAAACUCCAAGUUGGCUGUCAUGUGCCUUUUUACUGAGGAGUGGCUUCUGUCUGGCCACUCUACCAUAAAGGCCUGAUUGGUGUACUGCUGCAGAGAUGGUUGUCCUUCUGGAAGGUUCUCCCAUCUCCACAGAGGAACUCUGGAGCUCUGUCAAAGUGACCAUCGGGUUCUUGGUCACCUCCCUGACCAAGGCCCUUCUCCCCCGAUUGCUCAGUUUGGCAGGGCGGCCAGCUCUAGGAAGAGUCUUGAUAGUACCAAACUUCUUCCAUUUAAGAAUGAUGGAGGCCAGUGUUCUUGGGGACCUUCAAUGCUGCAGAAAUGUGUUGGUACCCUUCCCUAGAUCUGUGCCUCGACACAAUCCUGUCUCUGAGCUCUACGGACAAUUCCUUCGACCUCAUGGCUUAGUUUUUGCUCUGACAUGCACUGUCAACUGUGGGACGUUAUAUAGGCAGGUGUGUGCCUUUCCAAAUCAUGUCCAAUCAAUUGAAUUUACCACAGGAGGACUCCAAUCAAAUUGUAGAAAUAUCUCAAGGAUGAUCAAUGGAAACAGGAUGCACCCGAGCUCAAUUUCGAGUCUGAAUACUUAUGUAAAUAAGGUGUGUGUGUGUGUGUGUGUGUGUAUAUAUAUAUAUAUAUAUAUAUAUAUAUAUAUAUAUAUAUAUAUAUAUUUGCUAAAAAAAAUUAAAAACUGUUUUCGCUUUGUUAUUAUGGGGUAUUGUGUGUAGAUUAAGGGAAAAAAUACAUUUUAUACAUUUUAGAAUAAGGCUGUACGUAACAAAGUGGAAAAAGGGGAAGGGGUCUAUACAGUGGCCAGUCAAAAGUUGUUCUUUAUUUUUACAGUUUUCUACAUUGUAGAAUGAUGGUGAAGACAUAUGGAAUCAUGUAGUAACCAAAAAAGUGUUAAACAAACCUAAAUAUAGUUUAUAUUUUAGAUUAUUCAAAGUAGCCACACUUUGCUUUGACAGCUUUGCACUCUCUUGGCUUUCUCUCAACCAGCUUCAUGAGGUAGUCACCUGGAAUGCUUUUCAAACAGUCUUGAAGGAGUGCCCACAUAUGUUGAGCACUUGUUGGCUGCUUUUCCUUCACUCUGUGGUCCAACUCAUCCCAAACCAUCUCAAUUGGGUUGAGGUCGGGUGAUUGUGGAGGUCAGGUCAUCUAAUGCAGCACUCCAUCACUCUCCUUAUUGGUCAAAUAGCCUUUACACAGCCUGGAGGUGUGUUUUGGGUCAUUGUCCUAUUGAAAAACAAAUGAUAGUCCCACUAAGCGCAAACCAGAUGGAAUGGCAUAUCGCUGCAGAAUGCUGUGGUAGCCAUGCUGGUUAAGUGUGCCUAGAAUUCUAAAUAAAUCACAAACAGUGUCACCAGCAAAGCACCAUCACACCUAGAAGGAAAGAAAUUCCACAAAUUAACUUUUAACAAGGCACACCUGUUAAUUGAAAUGCUGGUUGAGAGAAUGCUAAGAGUGUGCAAAGCUGUCAAAGGCAAAGGUUGGCUACUUUAAAGAAUCUAAAAUAUAAACUAUAUUUUGAUUUGUUUAACACUAUUUUGGUUCCUACAUGAUUCCAUAUAUGUUAUUUCAUAGUUUGUCUUUACUAUUAUUGUACAAUGUAGAAAAGAGUAAAAAGUAAAUAAAAACCCUUGAAUUAGUAAAUGUGUCAACUUUUGACUGGUACUAUAUAUGUAACCCCUUACACUAUAUGGAUAGGGCUAAAUUGAAAUGUUUCUUACAGAUUAAAUACGGAAAGCAUAUGCAUAACCGUGGUAGCAAUGAAAAGGGAACCGUUUGGAGAUUAUUGGAAAAUUAUUAGACUAAAUGUGAGGACACCACAGUUCACAAGACUGAAUCCAAACAUUUCACUUGAUUUUAUGUGCAUUUUACAAUUACUGUACUUUUCGCCUGAUUUCUUUAGUGAAAUCAGAAAAUACUCUGCAUACAUUAGUAACAUGAUAAGAAUAUUCGUGGAAAAUUUGGUGUAGGCGCAACAUAAGACAUGGCAAAGGUUUGAAUGAGGUCUAACUGGUGUUUCCAAUAGUGCAUUCAGAUGCGUGGUCCGCGACAAAUUUUCUUUACAAUACAACAAACGGGCUCAUUCUGUUCAUGACAACCCAGGGUAUAACGCUGCGUCAUCUUGGAACUGUACAUCAAACAUAGUGAUCAUAAACGUUGACACUAUAUGACAUGAGUUUUAUGAUAUGGAAAUGUGAAGUGCGCAUUUGGACUCACAGGUGUUUGGCUUGCUUGUAUGACAUCAAAGCGAUAUUUGUUAUAAUCCUCAAUGUCUCAUUUUUCAAAAUACAUAGAGUCCUCGUAAUUUGCAGCAUUUUCCUCACUCGGACAACAGAAAAGUAGCAAAAGUUGCCCAUUUAGCGGGAGGGAUGUGGGCAACUUCUUGUUGCGCGCGGUGGUCAAGUUCAGAACGGCUGUCAGUCAAAACCCAUGCAGAGCUGUGAAGUGGAGACCCUGAGCUCUGAUGUCAUUUAUAGCAUGUAACUGUACAGCCACUAUGUUCCAAUUUAGGCACUUAUCAGUGUCAAUUUUCAAUCCAUAUACGGGUACAAGUGUAAAGGGCCAUAUUUUCCAGUGAUGAAGACAUGGAUGUCUCAUGGUAUGGUGGGGGGUAUGCAAAGUGGGUCAACUUUGAGCACAUUUACGUUUUGGCAUUCAGAUCCAAAAAGUCACUUUCUGAGCGCUUCUACAAUGGGAAAAUAUGUAUUGAAGAUUUUGUUCAAAUCAAAGGGGUGCUGUCAAAAAGUGAUUGAAUUCAAAUGGAUUUACCCAAUACGGUAGUGUUUAACUUAUAUCACACUUUCAGCUUUGCUCAAAGAGUAUUCCUGUAAGAGAAGGCUAACUCUGAUUCUGAAACUAACUUUUAAAUAUUUUUCUCCAGGUUGAUCUGAGUCGUUACAGCGACCCCUUCAUUUUCGCCACAUUCCGUUCCCUCUGCGCCUGGCUUGCCGAAGAGACUUCCUGUCUCAAGGAGGAAGUGACCGCCCUCUUGCCCUUUCUGAUGGGCUACGCCAGAAGCCAUCUGCAGGGAGAGAGUCAGGACCAGGGUCUUUCCAAUUGGAUGUCGGAGAUGUCUGUAGGUGACUGCUCACAGAGAGGGGCUUGGACAGGCAAAGAUGCUCUAAGGUAGGUUGACUCAACACAAAGGAAGGAUAAUCUGAUUUCAGUCCCAAUUGAAUUAUUUUAAAAAUUGCUCCUGAUAACUGCAUGCUGGGUUUAGUGCAGGUUGUCCUGAUAGUCCCAAGCUUUGUGCAUUUUAUCAGGAGUUGACUGCAUUUGGGAAACAGGAUCGUAUGGCACAGCCUCUCUCCCUUUUUUCCUCUCUAGGUAUCUCCUCCCAGCUCUGUGCCACCUCUCUGCAGAGGACACCCCAAGGAAGGUGUUACUUACCCUGGACACCCCGGCUCUCCUCGUCACUUUCCUAUCCCAGGGAUGGGGCGACCUGCGGGGGAAAGGAGGGGCAGCAUUAUCCCGGGACCCCAGUAUGGAGACAGCCUGCUCAGCCCUGCUCAACUUUGCUGUCACGGAACCAGAGCGAGUCAGGUACAAAAUAAAUACAACACGCAGCUGCCCUUGUAGAGACCCAAAUACACACGUAUAUGUUGUAUAGCGUAUACGUUUGUAUUUUGUAGAGACUGAAAUAGACACAUAAUAUGUUAUACAAACAUGUAUAGCAUAGUUUCAUUUACCGACACUGGUGACUAGGUGGGAUGGAUUUUUAUACAGCAAAAUUGGGGUCGUUUUGUGUUGUUGACUAUGAAAGAUAUGAAAAUGAAUCUCCCCCUCUGUCAGCAGUAAAUAGUUCACUAACUGCAAGUUCACAUUAGGGAUGCACAAGAUUACAAUUCAACCUGUGUGACAGAAAAUCUCUAAUGUGUGUUAUUUAUGCACAAUCUUGUCGCUCAGAAAGGACCCUUGUUUCAGAAGCCUCGAGUCACUGUUGAGUGAAGCACUUCCUGUUCUCCUGCACAAACCCCGCCUCUUGGUCCUGGCGGCCAAUCUUUGUACUCUGGGGCUUAUGAUUGGCAGGCUUAAACCGGCUCCUAAAGGUGAGUUAACAUGGCUUUGUUUUUAGAUUAAUGAAUGUGCCAAUUUCUGUCUAAAUAGAAUUGGUUAUUUUUGCAAUUGUAUAAAGGGAUGCCUAAAUAUAGUGCUACUUGAAAGUAUGUGAACCCUACAGGGAUGGUCAUUAUUUUGCUAUUAAAUAAACCUAUAAAAUCCUUAUCUAAACCACAAUUCGUAAUAAAGACAUUCCAAGUAAAUGACAGAAACAAGAAAAUUAUAUUUUCAUUGUUUGUGCAACAGAAACUCAGAUUUUAUGUGUGCAAAAAUGUGAACCCCUUAAGUCAAUAGCUUGUGGCGCCUCCAUUAGUAGGGAUAACUUGGACUAAACGUCUCCUAUAGCCAGUAAUCAGUCUCUGACAUCUGUUUUGAGGGAUUUUUGCCCACUCCUUACAGAACUCAGCCAAUUGAGUGAGGUUUGAGGGGUGUCUGGCAUGAACAUCCCACUUGAGGUCCUGCCACAGCAUCUUGAUUGGAUUUAGGUGAGGACUUUGACUUGGCCAGUCCAAAACACAAAUCUUCUUUCUCCUGACCCAUUCUUUGGAAGAUUUGCUUGAAUGCUUUGGGUCAUUGUCUUGUUGGAAGACCCAUUUUCGGCCCAGCUUUAGCUCCUUGACUGAUGGCCUGACGUUCUGUUCAAGAAUCUCCUGGUAUACCUCAGAAUUCAUGGUUCCCUUAAUGAUGUGGAUUCAUCCAGGUCCAGAGGAGGAAAAGCAGCCCCAGAUCUUGACAUUCCCACCACCAUGCUUGACUGUUGGGACAAGGUUAUUUUGGUGGUAGGCAGUGUUGGGUUUUCGCCAAACAUAGCAGUGUUGAUUGUGACCAAAAAGGUCCAUUUUGGACUCAUCGGUCCAGAGAAUGGACUUCCAGAAACCUUCAGGUUUGUCCAGGUGGUCUCUGGCAAAGUUAGACGGGCAGUUUGGUUCUUUUUUGACAGCAGAGGCUUCUUCCUAGCAACCCUCCAAUGAAUGGCAUUUCGAUUCAGUGUUCUUGUUGAAGCAUGCACAGUUACCUGAGAUGCUGCAAGGGAGGUCUGCAAAUCUCUAGAUGUUAUGUUUGGGUUGGCUUUUACCUGAUUAUUAUUGUUCUUGGGCUCUUGGUGAUAUUUUGGAAGGGCGUCCACUUCUAGACCGAGUUGCUGUCAUGUUAAAUGCUCUCAAUUUGUAAAUGAUUUGCCUCACAGUGGACUGAUGGAGCUCAAAUCAUUUUGAGAUGAUUUUAUAGCCUUCCCCAGACUGAUGUGCUCUCACUACCCUUGUCCUGAUGUCCUCUGAGAUCUCAUUUCCUCUGCAUGGUGUGCUUUGCAUUCACCUGGAUGGGUAACACCAAACUGACCGGGUUUCUUAUCUCUAUUUGUCAGAGUCCCGCCCAAACUCUUUCCUAACGAUCUCUCCUUUGAUUGGUUCAUUUGGUAGCUAAUUAUUUACCCACCUGAUUCUACUUACCUACUUGAUUUAACCAAUGCAACUUGGGGUUCACUUGUUUUUGCACCUGCACUAAUUCCUACUACACGCAUGAUUUCCUCUACACCAACAUAUGGUAUUGGUAAAUAUAAACCUGCUAUGACAGAUCAAAAAGACUGGUUCUGAUUAAAUUAAGAUUUCAUGGUAAAAACUGAAAAAAUCUGUAAUUGCACAAGGGGUUCACAUACUUUCAAGCAGCACAUACUUUCAAUUCAUUGAAGCCUGUCUUCAUAUUUCUUCUACCAUGUUCCAGCUCCGGUUGAAGCAGGCCAGAGGCGGUUCUUCUCCGCAGCCCUGCGGUUCCUCCGUGGUGCCCUGGACUCCAGCUCGAGCCCGGGCCCAGUUAGGGUGACCCCUGCCUGGGAGGAGUGGUGGGAGGAGGCUGGGGAGCUGUGGAGGCUGGGUCUGCAGGCCCUGGGAGGCUGUGUGAAGGCCCAGCCCUGGAUCAUCACCCUGGUCAGGGAGGAGGGUUGGCUCAACCACACCCUCACCAUGCUGGGCUCCUGUAGCGCCUUGCCUGACCCCCACACCCAUGGGGCACUAGAGGAGGCCCUCUGCGCAGUGGCACUCCAGUGCCCGUUCUGUCGACAGGAGAUCAGCGUCCUCGUGAAGAGCAGUGCCAAGGGAGCCUUGGGUAGCAUGGGCAAUCUGAGGAAAUCCCUUACCACAAACUGAAGCACUUGUGUAUUGAUCAUGAAGAUGAGGGCCAGGAGUUUUGCCUGAGCAGACGCGUAACCUGACCGGGAAAAACUCCAGGCCCUUCAGCCUCUAGAGACUAAUACAAAAUGGCUGAAUAUAUCAUUGUGUUUAGUAACAGGCUAUAUUUGCUUUGUCAUACGCUUCCUGAUAAACAUUUCAGUUGUUUGUAAGAUGGUAUGACUGUAUAUAAGCGGUCUGUUACAUGUAUGAAAGUAAGUGAAGCAUAAAAUAAAGAAUUAUUAUGAUAA